AUGAAGACGUACGUCGAGCGUGAACUCGACGCGCGAGGGCGGAUCGAGGUGAUGAAACGCCCGCGCGUGGACUUUACGUCCAUCUUAGACGUGGUGCGACCGAUCGUGGAGGCGGUGGAGACGAGAGGGGACGACGCGGUGCGAGAGUACACGCGAAAGUUUGACGAGUGCGCGUUGGCGGCGACGACGGAGCGCGUGGAGGAUCUCCCGGAUCCGACGCUCGAUGCGGACGUGCAGGCGGCGUUCGACGUGGCGUACGAUAAUAUUGCGGCGUUCCACGCGGCGCAGGCGCGGAGCGGGGACGUGGACGUGACGACGAUAACGUUUCCUCAAGUUCAUCACUAG